AUGGAAUUGCGGGUAUGGGUUGAUGGGACUCAACGAGUAGUCUGUGGAAUAACAGAACAGACGACCGUCCAGGAAGUUGUCAUCGCCCUAGCUCAAGCUACUGGUCGAACCGGCCGUUAUACUCUCGUAGAAAGAUGGCGGAACGCAGAAAGACUCCUUCCGCCAAGUGAGACGCCCUUAACCGUGCUCAACAAAUGGGGCACUUACGCAGCAGAUGUCAUGUUCAUCUUGCGCCGUUCUGCUACCUCAGACGGCCCAAAGAACAACCCAGCACCUGUUUCUCAAGGUCCUCCAAGCUCAUCAGCAUCUUCUGGCUUCGACAAAAAUCAGCAAAUUCGCCAGAGUUUGCCAACGCACUCCAAAGCGCGUCCGCUCUUCUCGGCAGCAGAUAAGUCUAGGAAGUCGCUUGGUCCUGGUCACCGAACGCGCGGAGAAAGUUCCUCGUCACUUCCUGUGACCCAAGGUGCGUCUGGAAAUAUUCAUCGAUCUGGUUCGCCUCAGCGAGCUCCAAGGACGCCCUCGCGGCCUCCAGUUAGUGGACAAAUGCGAGCCCCGAGUGCCAAUCGUCAGCCAAGUCCGAAUCGUCUCAAUCAUCAACGCCGGUUAGAGAUUCAGCACGUCAUUACAGAACAACAAAUGUUGCUGAAAGAUCAUACCGAGCAUAUCGAUAGAAUUGAGCGUAAAAUCCAGGAGGUGUUGAAGCGUGACGGCAAUAGAAAGGACGAGGAACAUCGGUUACUCGAGCAAAUCAGACAAAACGACGCUAGAAUAUCAAGCGAGCAAGACAAGCGUAAUUCAAAAAUAGCUCUUGAACGAGAAGUUCGCGCGAAAAAAGAUGAGCUGGCCGCCGUUCAAGAUAAAAUUCGUCAGGAAGAACGAAAGGCAAUUGAAACCCAACGACUCAUAGACGAGUUGAGUCGGUCUACCCGACUGGCGAAGGAGCGCGAGAGCGACGAGCUGCGAAGAGUAGAGUACGAUAACCAGCGCGAGGCCCAUCGACUGCAAGAAAAGAUGCACAGGAUUGAGGAACUCAAUCGCGAACUUAGAAAGGUCAAUCUGCAAUCUUUUGUUAGGGAGACUGGGUCAAAGGUUACCGUUCUGCCUUCUCAAAAUGCCGAACCAUUUCACCGAAAAGAAAACUCAACGAGCUCACAGGGCUCGAGUAUUCCCAACCUCUCCCCUCCGAAACCUGCGCAGGGCAACUCUGGAGUCUGGGUUUAA